AUGACGCUUGAUGAAAUUAAAGGUACUGUGGCUGACGAGCCCCAGACUGUACAAGUCACAGCCGAAGCGGCUGUCAAGGCUGUUAAAGCCGGCGACAAACACGUUGAUAUUGCAGCUCAAAUUAUCGCCGAAUAUGGCGAAGAGAUGAGCGGACAGACUUGGUCCGCUGAGGAAGAAAAGAAACUCAUUCGCAAGGUUGACUGGCGGUUGAUUCCAAUUUUAUUUGUCUGCGCCACAUUGUCCGGACUAGACAAGACAGCCAUUUCGGCCGCUGCUAUUUAUGAUAUUAAAAAGGAUCUUAACCUUACGGGUCAGCAGUACUCGUGGGUAGGAUCAGCCCCGUUCUUUGGUGGAUUGGUCUUUAUGGGACCGUCGGCCUACUGUCUUCAGAGAGUAUCUGCAGUUAAAUAUUUUGCACUCAAUGUCCUGUUUUGGGGUAUCCUCGAGAUGUGUAUGGCUGCAACGACCAAUUUCGCAGGGCUCUUCAUCUGUCGCUUCUUUCUGGGAGGAUGUGAAGCAUUACUAAUUCCAGCUGUUACUCUCGUAGUCUCAAUGUGGUAUCGUCCAGAUGAACAGCCGAAACGCAACAGUAUCAUACUCAAUGUUAUUGCUCCCAUCCUUAAUGGGUUUGUUGCCUGGGUAGUCGGAUACUAUCCAGGUUCAUUCCCUGUCUGGAAAAUCAUUUUCCUUCUACUAGGCGCGAUUACAUCAGUUUGGGCAGGUAUUGUGUACUUUUUCCUACCAAAUAACCCCCUAGAAGCGAAAUUUCUCAGUCGCCGCGAAAAGUUUAUCGUCAUCCAACGCAAAGCUGCCGACAAUACUGGCAUAGAAUCCAAAACUAUCAAGCCAAAUCAAAUAUGGGAGGCCAUCAUGGAUCCAAAAACCUGGCUGAUAUGGUUCGCCAUCGUUGCAUUGCAAGUCCCCAACGGGGGACUCACCACCUUCAACACAUUGAUCAUUUCAGGUCUUGGAUUUGAUUCCCUGCAAACUUCACUGCUGGCCAUGCCACCUGGAGCGAUGAGUACGCUAUCCGGAAUUGGGCUGAGUUAUUUGGCAGCCACAACCAGGCGAUACAGAACCGUAAUCGUUGCUGUGAGUGUUCUAUUGCCUUUGUUGGGCGCGGUAUUGUGUUAUGCUUUACCGAGGUCGAACCUUGCCGGACAACUGGUGGGAUUGUAUAUUCUUUAUACUUACUGGGCUCCCUACGUGACCCUCGUCUCCGUCUAUCAAGCUAACAUUGCCGGCCACACAAAGAAAAUUGCUCUUUAUGCCUGGUUUUAUAUUGCUUGGACUACUGGCAACAUCAUCGGUCCCCAGACAUUUCGUGCCGACCAAGCGCCAACAUACACCGGUGGCACGGUCGCUAUGAUUGUGUGUUAUAUUGUUGCUAUAGUUGCUGUUCUUUCGUAUGGUGCUCUCUGUCAUCGCGAAAAUCAGCAACGAGCUGCCGAUAUUCAAAAUGGAGUGGUGACAGCUGCCGACCAGGAUUGGUUGGAUUUGACGGACAAGGAGAAUAGGGCGUUUAAGUAUACCACUUAAAUUUUGCUAAAAUUUCAAUGUGAGAUGCAUUUGUCUCAUAUUACAGGCAUUCGAGGCUUAAUAUGACUUCAAGAUCGACCCAGCGGUUGUAAUUUUAUUUCAC